AUGGUCCAGGAUUUCUUAUUCGGAAAAUCAGAAACGCCAAAAGCAGAGAAAGCUGAACUAAAUUGUCCUGAGUCCAGAAGUCAGAGAAAGCGAGCCAAGAAGGUCUCACAGACCCUAGAACUAAGCGAAAUACUUCCAACUUUGGAAAACCAAAGACAAUUUUCUUUUGGGGGUAAUGAAUGCAGUUUUAUCAACAGCAGUGUUCCGAUCACCCCAAAGGAAAUACAGGACAAUACCUCCAUUCUGGGGUACCCAGAUCCAUCGAAGAAUAACCUUGCGGUCUAUUUGCAUUACUGUUUAUUGGGAGGCGGCUGGAUUUUAGGACUGUGUACCCUAGUGCUCUUCUUUGGCAGCACCAUCAUCAGUUUCGGCUCAGAUAUCUACAUGGCUAGAUGGACGAACCUUGCCGACCAGCGUUACAAAAUCUUGACAGACCUGAUUGAUAGCGAAUCUAUUUUUGACUGUUCGAAUAGCGUUCCAGGAAGAAAAAACAGCAGCUUUCAAGGGAGUUGCUCUCCAGAGGAGAAGGCGGCAGAGUUUACAAGUCGUGUGCAGGCCUUACUGGCAGCAACAAGGCAGGUAGAGCUGUUGAAAGCUGGCAGAUUGCCGGCCGAAUUGGAGCUUGAGUUAGAGUCCCCCUCAGGCUGGAGGCCUGAGCAAGAAGUCGUCAAUCAGUGGAUGAAUGUUUCAUCUUUGCAGGGUCUGGGAUUUAAUGAUGACAAGACAAGGUUGGGCUAUCUAUCUCUAUUCCUUGUCUUCAUAAUUGUAAUCACCAUAGUGAGAACAAUCUGCUUUUUCUACGUGAGUGGAUACUUUAAAUUUGCUUAA